AUGAGCUUAUAUGAAAGGUUGGGUCAAUUGCAAUUGACUAUAUUUGGCAAUUUGGACUCUUUAGUCCAAACCAUUGAUCUACCGGAUGAUGAAUUUAGAGAUUCGUAUGAUUCAAUUUUCAGCCAAAUCAGUCAUAAUUUGUUGACAUACAAAGAUUACUUGCGUAUACUUCACCUCCAGCAACAAUUGGAACAACAAGAACACACGUAUGGGAGACCAAUGCUGGUCAAUUCAGGUCUACAAAUCUAUGAACUCAAAUAUGAAUCUCUCAAAGCCAAACUACGAGACAUGGAAUUAUUUAUUAAUGAUACAAGGCAAGAAAAAUUGCAUCAAGAUAGACUAGUCAAGUUUGAUCUUCUUCCGUCUACAUCACAAGAGGAAAUACGAGACCAAGAACGGGAUCAAGACCAUGGAGAAGAUAAUCAGUUUUCUAACGCACGUGGAGUUACAAAUGGCAAAAGCGCUCAAUCUUUGGACAAAGCCAAGGCUCAACUCUUUGCCAACCGAUCAAAUAAAAAUAAUACAAAUGCAAAUCCAACAUCAAUCAAUGCACAAAUCAAUGCGCAAAAUACCAAGAUAACUUCAUCUCUUCAAGCAUCCCGCUCGCUUCUUCUCACCUCUGUUCUCCAAUCGGAACUCAACAUAGAUAGUAUUGAUCAGCAGUCAAAGGACCUUGCUAGACUAAAUGAAAGCUUUAUAAAAUUUGGAGACCUUUUGGGGAAGUCCAAGGGGAUUGUCAAAUUUAUUGAAAAACAGGACAAGUCAGACCGACAAAGGAUAUAUUUGGCAAUGGGAUUUUUUUUGGCCUGUUGCUGUUGGGUGAUCUACCGAAGAGUGUUGAGACGACCAUUGAGGAUAUUGUUCUGGAGCUUAUUCAAGAUCUUCAAUAUCUUUGGCUGGUUAUUUGGAGGGAAUAAAGACAGAGCAAAUAACUCCGAACAGAGUCUGGAAGUAGUAGCAAUGGCUACCGCAACAAGUAUUCUUGAUACAAUUAUGAAUAGUGUUACCGGGGCGGAAAACCAAGGUACAGUUAGAAGGACUCUGAGCAAAAUUAUUGAAGGUAUCAUUGAUACUGUAACUAAUAGUUUGGACCAUAGCCAUGACCAUAGCCAUAGCCAAAUUACUGAAAUAGUGCAAAGUCUUUCAACGGGUGAAACAGGGUUACCCAGUGACAUAUCAUUGGAAAGAUUCAAAAGUCCUGUGACAAUAACGAAAAAUUCAUUAAAUGAAGUUACUAGUUCGGUAAUCCUGUCGCUUUCCGUAUCCAGCAUUACUUCGAUAAUAGAAAGGUUGGUGGAUGAACUAUAA